UUUCAAAGAAAAUACCCCCAAAUUUUGUUGCAAUAUCGCCACAACAACUAAUUCCAAGUCAACUAAAGCGCAUUCACUACUUAAAUGUCCCCUCAAAUAUAAUUGCUUUCUCACUAUCACUUAUAAUUAUAAAUAAACCACUCCUCUCAAACACAACUCUCAUCGAAGUCACUUUCUCUCUCUUCCAAAUUUCGCAAAAAAAUGGAAAACCAAAUUCUGCCAAUUUCCUUGGUGCUCACAAUCACCUUUCUCUCACUACACAUCCUUAAAAAAAUCCUCCAAAACAAAAAACUCAACCCGCCGCCCGGCCCGAAACCGUGGCCCGUGAUAGGCAAUCUCAACCUCAUCGGCUCGCUCCCGCACCACUCCCUCCACUCCCUCUCCCAGAAAUACGGCCCGAUCAUGCUCCUCAAAUUCGGCUCGGCCCCGGUGGUGGUGGGCUCCUCCGUCGCCGCCGCUAAGAUCUUCCUCAAAACCAUGGACCUCACCUUCGCCUCUCGCCCCAAAACCUCCGCCGGAAAAAUCACCACCUACAACUACUCCGACAUCACGUGGUCCCCCUACGGCCCGUAUUGGCGUCAGGCCCGAAAAAUGUGCCUCAUGGAGCUCUUCAGCGCGCGGCGGCUCGAGUCGUAUGAAUAUAUUCGGGCCGAGGAGAUGAGCUCCCUUCUUAAAGAGCUCUUCGGGUUUUCGGGGCGGCCCUUUCUGCUCAAGGAUUGUCUGUCGACGGUGAGCUUGAACGUGAUCAGUAGAAUGGUGUUGGGAAGGAGGUAUUUGGACGGCGACGAGAACGCCGUGGUGUCGCCGGAGGAGUUCAAGAAGAUGUUGGACGAGCUUUUCUUGCUGAAUGGAGUUUUGAACAUCGGGGAUUUGAUCCCAUACAUCAAUUUCUUGGAUCUGCAAGGGUAUGUGAAGAGGAUGAAGGUGGUGAGCAAGAAAUUCGACCGGUUUCUGGAGCACGUGCUCGACGAGCACGAGGCGCGGCGGCGGACGACGGAGUACGUGAGCCGGGACAUGGUGGAUGUGCUCCUCGAGCUCGCCGAGGAUCCCACCUUGGAGGUCAAGCUCGAGAGGCACGGGGUCAAAGCCUUUACUCAAGAUUUAUUGGCGGGCGGGACGGAGAGCUCGGCCGUGACGGUGGAGUGGGCGAUCUCGGAGCUGCUGAAGAAGCCCGAGAUCUUCAAGAAGGCGACGGAGGAGCUGGACCGGGUUAUCGGGCCGAGCCGGUGGGUGAAGGAGAAGGAUAUACCGAGUCUCCCUUAUGUGGAGGCCAUUGUGAAGGAGACCAUGAGGCUACACCCGGUGGCGCCCAUGUUAGUGCCCCGUCUUGCACGAGAAGACUGUAAGGUGGAUGGGUAUGACAUCAAGAAGGGAACCCAAGUGCUUGUGAACACAUGGACAAUUCAAAGAGAUCCAUCCAUAUGGGAAAAUCCCAAUGAAUUUAAUCCAGAUAGAUUCAUUGGAAAGAAUAUUGAUGUGAAGGGACAAGAUUUCGAGCUUUUGCCGUUCGGGUCGGGCCGAAGAAUGUGCCCGGGCUACGCAUUGGGCCUAAAGGUGAUCCAAUCGAGCUUAGCAAAUCUAUUGCAUGGGUUCAAUUGGAGAUUGCCGGAUAAAAUGAAGCCUGCAGAGCUUAAUAUGGAAGAAAUUUUUGGGCUUUCUACUCCUAGAAAAUUCCCACUUGUUGCUGUAGCUGAGCCUAGACUUCCACUCAACCUCUAUAAUUCUAUGUGAAUUUUAUGCCUCGGUUUGGUUUUGGCCUUAUUGCAAUGUAAUAAUGGUGUUGUUAGUGAUGUGUUUUAAUAAAAUGAAGUAUUUAAAUUUUGAA